GGGGCGGAGUGGGGGAGAGUUAUAGGGGGAACCUCCUCUCGGCGCGAUUGCGAGAGAGCAGAGUUGCUGCCAGUAGCUGAAAAGCGGCUCAGGGUGGAGAACGGUUUUAGUUACAGGUACUGAAUCCCGAGAUUCAGUAACACUUGGAUGGGAUCCGUUUUCAUCUGCAUUUGAACCAUUAGAGGUACCUUGUGCAAUGGUACCUAUCUCUAAUGAUGUGUAACCUCGCAUGACAUGGGUGAAUACUUCUUUAGACUUUAGGGUUGAUUGUAGCUUGACCAAACAAUGUGGGAAACGGACCGAAAAUGAAUGCAGGAUGUUUACUCUCUGUAUUUUCUGGUUACAGAUAAAGAUGUCUUUCUUCUUUUAACCGUCGCAGCAGAUAACUAGACACUAUUGACCAGAAAUAAAAAAAGCCUUUGGAGGCCAUGUCGUCUUCACGAGCACCUUCUUAGAACCAACCCUUUUCUGUGUUUUGGGAUCGCAAAUGUACCGUUUUCACAUGCAGAGCUACUACCGUGACUGUUUCCAUGAGCUUGGAGGAACUUUUGCACUUUGAAUGCUCAAAUUUCCACUUGCAUUAGUUUAACAAAACUGAAUUCUGCUUUUUAAUUGAUGCCUUUUUAAAAUACUAAAUUAUUCACUUCUUUUGCCUAGGUCUCUUUAUUGGCUAGUUAAAACAAAAAAUAAAUAUGGCCAUCUACAGUUAUAAUUCACUCUUAGCUAUGUUGUGGACAAGAUUGCCCAGCCAUUUUCUCUAUCCUUCCUGCUCCCAUUCCCUAUCACUUGCGUUUCUCCACUUGCCAGAUUCUCAUUUUCGGACGACCUAUGGAAGCAGGAAGUACUCCUGUCCCAGUCUACCAAGCACUCAAGCCCACCCUUUACGAGCUAGACUCACACAAAAGCUACACACAACGUGCUGGCUACAGAAUAUCCCUGGUAAACCUCAGCCGGAGCAAACCCCAGUAAAACCUAAGCCAGCGAGCCCUCAGCCUCCCAGAGAAGUGGAGACAGAGACUGCAGAAGAAAGGCAAAAAAUUUUGUCCUUUAGACAAAAAAUCAUGCACGAACUCAAAUAUUAUUACAAUGGAUUCUACUUACUUUGGAUCGACACCAAAGUUGCUGCCAGAAUAGUUUGGAGGCUACUGCAUGGACAGGUGCUAUCGAGACGAGAGAGGCGAAGGCUUUUGAGAACUUGCGCUGAUGUCUUCCGCUUGGUUCCAUUUAUGGUGUUCAUAAUUGUACCUUUUAUGGAAUUCUUGAUACCAGUGUUUCUGAAGCUCUUCCCAGACAUGUUGCCAUCAACUUUUGAAAGUGAAUCCAAAAAGGAAGAAAAACAAAGAAAAAAGAUGGCGGCAAAAUUGGAAAUAGCAAAAUUCCUUCAAGAGACAAUGACAGAAAUGGCGAAGAGAAACCGAGCCAAGUUGGGAGAUGCCUCUUCCCAGCUUUUCUCCUAUGUAAAACAGGUCCAGACAGGCCACAAGCCCAGCACUAAAGAGAUAGUUCGCUUCUCUAAACUCUUUGAGGAUCAGUUAGCCCUGGAACACUUGGAUCGACCCCAGCUGGUUGCCCUGUGCAAGCUGCUGGAGCUGCAGGCCUUCGGAACGAACAACUUGCUCCGCUUCCAGCUCCUGAUGACACUGAAGUCUAUAAAAGCAGAUGACGAAAUAAUCGCCACAGAAGGGGUGAAGGCUCUGAGUGUGUCAGAGCUCCAGUCCGCCUGCCGGGCCCGAGGGAUGCGAUCACUGGGCCUCACGGAGGAGCAACUGCGGCAGCAACUCACAGAGGGGGCAUUACUGCAUCAACUGACAAGAAUCAAGGUAUUUCCUACGGUAUUUCAGUGGGGAUAAGAAGCAAAGGAUGGAAAAGGCUGACAAGAUGGCUCAUCUGGCAGAAGCCUGACACCUGAGUUCCAGUUCCAGAAUCAACAGCAGAAGGACACAAUGCCUUCCAAAAGUUGUCCUCUGACCUUCAUACUCGGACCCACACUUAUACAUCUCUCUCUCUCUCUCUCUCUCUCUCUCUCUCUCUCUCUCUCUCUCUCUCUCUCACACACACACACACACACACACACACAAAAGCAAAGUACAAAACAGUAUUGUGUCACUGUUGUGUGUUGAUUUUACAAAACAGUUGCACCCCAGUGGCCCAUGCCUGAACCCCAGCACUUAGGAGUCUUGUGCCUAGAGCAUCCCAAGUGAAGAGGCCUGGGCUACAAAGCAAAAAUAAAAUAAAGAACAACAGCAAACAAAAAACUUGGCCAAUUUGAUGCUUCAAAACCUUCAUUCUAAUGUUGAUUUCUUUGGUUAACAGGUGGUUAAUCACUUUGAGAUAGGCUCUUACCAGGUAACUCAGGCUGGCCUUGAACUCAGCUUCUUGCCUCAGCCUCCCAAGUCUAGAUUGCAGGAUUCCCUGGCUUCUGGUGUCUUCUUUGAUACCAUCUUUCUCCUUAGAGAAGAUCUGUAGCGAUUUGGAUUGGGAAUUGGCUGGCGAGUUUAAGUGACCAGCAGUUGCUAGGUACUUGCCCAGGGACAGAAGCCAGGAGGCUGGUGUUUUCAUCCUUGGGCCACAGGUUACCAGUGUGCUUGGGAUGAGGUCCGGGAGGGAAGCAGAUGACCAUAGGUCCUCUGGCUACUACAGUCUCUGACUCCGUGUC